GUACGUGUGGGAGAAGACGGGUGCUCUGAUGGACGUCAACGCCUCGGCCCGGCUGCGGCAGGACCCUGACGGCACGCUGCACAUCGCCCAGACCUGGUCCGGAGACAUCGGGACCUACACCUGCAGGGUGACGUCGGUGGGGGGCAACGACUCACGCAGCGCCCACCUCCGUGUCAGGCAGCUGCCCCACGCCCCGGAGAACCCCCUGGCGGCGCUGAGCGCGGCCGAGCGGCGGACGGUCAACCUGACGUGGGCGCCGGCGUUCGACGGCAACAGCCCCCUGAUCCGCUACGUCCUGGAGGUCUCAGAGAACAACGCUCCGUGGACGGUGCUGCUGGCCAACAUCGAGCCGGAGGCGGUGGGGGUGACGGUGGGGGGGCUCAUCCCGGCCCGCUCCUACCAGUUCAGGCUGUGUGCCGUCAACGACGUGGGGCGGGGCCAGUUCAGCAAGGAGACCGACCGGCUCUCCCUCCCUGAGGAGCCACCCAGUGCCCCCCCUCAGACGGUCAUCGCCAGCGGCCGCACCAACCAGUCCAUCAUGAUCCAGUGGCAGCCGCCCCCGGAGAGCCAUCAGAACGGACCCCUGCAGGGGUACAUCAUCCGGUACUGUCUGUCGGGGCUCCCAGUGGACUGUCAGAUGAAGAACCUGACCAACCCGGACCAGACCACCCUUCUACUGGAGGACCUUAUCAUCUGGACCAACUACGAGAUCGAGGUGGCUGCCUACAACGGCGCAGGCCGGGGGGUGUACAGCCACAAGGUCACGGAGUGGACCCUGCAAGGAGUGCCCACUGUGCCCCCGGGUAAUGUGCAUGCUGAAGCCGUCAACUCCACCACAGUGCGCUGUUCCUGGAGCGCCCCGAGCCCCCAGUUCAUCAACGGCAUCAACCAGGGCUACAAGCUGUUGGCGUGGGAACCGGGCCGGGUGGACGCGGUCACGGUGGUGGCGGCGCGGCCCAACUUCCAGGACAGCGUCCACGUGGGCUACGUGUCGGGCCUGAAGAAGUACACCGAGUACUUCCUGUCGGUGCUGUGCUUCACCACCCCGGGGGACGGGCCGCGCAGCCCCCCGCAGCGGCUGCGCACACACGAAGACAUCCCUGGUGCGGUGGGACACCUGAGUUUCACCGACAUCCUGGACACCUCCCUGAAGGUCAGCUGGAAAGAGCCGCAGGAAAAGAACGGCCUCCUCACAGGCUACCGCAUCUCGUGGGAGGAGUUCAACCGGACCAACACCCGGGUGACCCACUACCUGCCCAACCUGACCCAGGACUACAGGGUGACGGGUCUCACGGCCCUCACCACCUACACCAUCCAGGUGGCCGGGAUGACCACCAAGGGCCAGGGCCAGCUCUCCUCCUCCACCAUCUCGUCUGGCGUGCCUCCAGAGAUGCCGGGGCCUCCCACCAACAUAGCCAUCUCCAACAUCGGCCCUCGCUCCGUCACCCUGCAGUUCAAGCCGGGCUACGACGGGAAGACCUCCAUCUCCCGCUGGCAGGUGGAGGCCCAGGUUGGGAUCAUCGGGGACAACGAGGACUGGCUGCUGGUCCACCAGCUGGUGAACGAACCGGACGCGAGGCUGAUGGAGGUCAUAGAGCUCAACCCCUACACCUUCUACAGGUUCCGCAUGCGCCAGGUGAACAUCGUGGGCACAAGCCUGGCCAGCCAGCCCUCCAGGAAGAUCCAGACGCUGCAAGCCCCUCCAGACAUCUCCCCCGCCAACGUCACCCUGCGCACAGCCAGCGAGACCAGCCUGUGGCUGCGAUGGGUGCCUCUGCCGGAGUGGGAGUACAACGGGAACCCGGAGCUGGUGGGCUACCGGGUGCAGUACUCACGGGCCGGCACCAAGGGGGGGGUCCUCUCACACCUCAUCCUGGACCGGCUGGAGCGGGAGUUCACCAUCGAGGACCUGGAGGAGUGGACCCAGUACGAGGUCAAGGUCCAGGCCGUCAACGGCAUCGGCUCGGGGCCCUGGAGCCUGGCGGUCCACGGCAGGACCAGGGAGUCCGUGCCGUCCUGCGGUCCCACCAACGUGUCGGCCUUCGCCACCACCUCCAGCAGCAUCCUGGUGCGCUGGGGCGACGUCCCGCAGCCCGACCGCAACGGACUCAUCCUCGGAUACAAGGUGGUCUACAAGGAGAAGGACUCGGACCGAGCCCCCAAGUCUUGGGCGGUGGAGGGCAACACCAGCCACAGCAUCCAGCUCAGCGCGCUGGGCAAGUACGUCCUCUACGAGAUCCAGGUGCUGUCCUUCACGCGGAUCGGGGACGGCCGUGCCAGCACCCCGUCCAUCCUGGAGCGCACCCUGGACGACGUGCCCGGGCCUCCCGUGGGCAUCCUGUUUCCCGAGGUACGGACCACAUCUGUCAGGCUCAUCUGGCAACCUCCCGCCCAGCCCAAUGGCAUCAUACUGGCCUAUCAGAUCACCUACCGGCGGAACUCGUCCAGCAGCAACGCCGCCACCGUGGACGUGCUGAGCCCCAGCGCCCGCCAGUACACGGCCAGCGGCCUGAAGCCCGAGCUGGUCUACGUCUUCCGGCUCACCGCCCAGACUCGCAAGGGCUGGGGGGAGGCGGCCGAGGCCCUGGUGGUCACCACGGAGAAGAGAGCCCGACCCCAGCCCACCAGCCGACCCACUGUGCCACAAGAGGAAGUCCAGCCUCGCCGUGUGCUGUUGUCAUGGGAACCGGGCAGCGAUGGCCUUUCCCCAGUCCGCUACUACACCGUCCAGUACCGCGAGCUGCCAGACAGUAAUUGGACGGUGCACUCUGCGUCAGUUAACCACGAAGCCAGCUCCUACAUCGUGGACAGGCUGAAGCCCUUCACUUCAUAUCAGUUCCGUGUGAAAGCCACCAACGACAUCGGGGACAGUGAAUACAGUACCGACAGUGAGGCUGUCACCACGCUGCAGGAUGCCCCGGACAAAGCCCCCAUGAUUCUCUCCGUCACGCCACACACCACCACCUCUGUCUUGGUCCGCUGGCAGCCCCCUUCUGAGGACCAGAUCAACGGGGUCCUUCUGGGAUUCCGGGUCCGCUUCAGGGAGCUACAGUACGACCAGCUGCGGAGUUUCACCGUCCGCACCAUCAACACUCCCAGUCUGAACUGGGCUGACAUCACCGCCCCCUACAGUGUAAGGAACCUGAGCGAGUCAUCCUUGACGCAGUACGAGCUGGAUGAUCUGAGUAAACACAAGCGCUACGAGAUCCGUCUGAGUGUGUACAACGCGGUGGGGGAGGGUCCGAGCAGCGCUCCCCAUGAGGUGUUUGUGGGGGAGGCAGUCCCCACGGCCCCGCCCCAAAAUGUGGUCAUCCAAUCGUCGACGGCGACACAGCUGGAUGUCACAUGGGACCACCCUCCUCUGGACGCCCAGAACGGAGACAUCCAGGGUUACAAGAUCUACUUCUGGGAGUUCCAGCUGCAGAACGAGACUGAGCGCGUGCGGACCCUGUUCCUGCCCGAGCUGGGCGUGAAGCUGAAGAACCUGACCAGCUACACCUCCUACAUGAUCAGCGUGGCCGCCUUCAACGCCGCCGGCGACGGGCCCCGCUGCCCCCCCACCAGGGGGCGCACUCAGCAAGCAGCUCCCAGUGCCAUCAGCUUCAUCCACUUCAGUGAGCUGACCACCACGUCGGUCAACCUGUCGUGGGGCGAACCCCGCAAGGCCAACGGCAUCAUCGAGGGGUACCGGCUGGUCUACGAACCCUGCACCCCUGUGGAUGGUGUCAGUAAGAUAGUGACAGUAGAUGUGAAGGGCAGCGCCCCCCUGUGGAUGAAGAUCAAGGACCUGGCCGACGGGGUCACCUACAACUUCCGCAUCCGGGCCAAGACGCUGACCUACGGGCCCGAGGUGGAGGCUAACAUCACCACCGGACCCGGAGAAGGUUCCCCGGGCCCCCCUGGAGAACCUUUCAUCUCCCGUCACGGCGCCGCCCUGACCCUACACUGGACCAGCGGAGAUCCCGGCCGGGCCCCCAUCACGCGCUACGUCAUCGAGGCCAGGCCGUCCGACGAAGGCCUGUGGGACAUCCUGAUCAAAGACAUCCCCAAGGAGGUGACGUCGUACACCCUCAACCUGGACAUGCUCCGAGAAGGGGUGACGUAUAACUUCCGGGUCAUCGGGGUCAACGACUACGGCUUCGGGUCACCCAGUGCACCGUCCCCCUCUAUUUCCGCCCAAAAGAUGUCUCCCUUCUACGAGGAGUGGUGGUUCCUGGUGGUGAUCGCGUUGGUGGGUCUGAUCUUCAUCCUCCUCCUCGUCUUCAUCCUCAUUAUCCGAGGUCAGAGCAAGAAGUACACCAAGAAAACAGACUCGGGCAACCACUCCAACUGCAACGCUCUCCCCCUGUCCCACGGGGAGAUGGUGCGUCUGGACGAGGGCCGCUUCCCCACGCUGGAGCUCAACAACCGCCGCCUCUCUGUCAAGAACUCCUUCUGUCGCAAGAACGGCAUUUACACACGGUCUCCUCCACGGCCCAGUCCCGGUAGUCUGCACUACUCUGACGAGGACGUCAGCACCAAGUAUAACGACCUGAUCCCUGCCGAGAGCAGCAGCCUCACCGAGAAGCCCUCCGAGAUCUCCGACUCGCAGGGAAGCGACAGUGAAUACGAGGUGGACCAGGGCCGCCAGAAGACCCACUCCUUCGUCAACCACUACAUCAGCGACCCCACCUACUACAACUCGUGGCGGCGUCAGCAGAAGGGCGUCACACGGCCCCCGGCCUAUGGCUACGCCCAGCCGGACCCCCUGGCGGAGCCACAGCACCAGCCGCCCCCACUGCCCCCACUGCCUCCGCUGCCCCCGCUGCUGCCCCGCAGUGAGCCCUCCCCCCAGCCCCCCCACGGCUCCGCCCAGAGCACCCUGUUCAGGCCCAAGGGGAGCCGGACUCCCACUCCGUCUCUGCUGUCCCCGGAGCCCCCCGGCCAGCACGGGACCCUGUACCGGCCCCCCAGCAGCCUGGGAUGCCCCACGCAGCCUCCUACCGCGGGCUUCUCCUCCUUCGUCUGAGGACCGGGUGUUCUUCUGGGAACAGUAUCCCCGGGACCCCCCAUCGGACCCCUGGGGAGGGCCCUAUGGUUGAGGGUUCACCAACAGGAUGGGGGGGGGGGGAGGCGUGUUUGAGAACUGACUUUAUUUAGAUUUAUUUAUCUUUGUUUGUUGGGUUGUUUUUUUUUGCCGCGAUAAUGCCCUAGUAUUCAGCGCUGAAUGACGAUGAAACAGCAUUUUAUCAUCUGUGAAUAGGAUUAAUUAUUUUGUGUGUGUGUGUUUAUGUGUGUGUGUGUGUGUGUGUGUGUGUGUGUGUGUGAGUGUGUGUGCCUGCGGGUAUGAAUGUGUUAUCAUUGUAAUAUAGUUUUCUUUCUCAAAAUAAAAGACAAUCAUUCGUUUUUUUGAGAUGCACAUGUGUUACAAAUGAGUCCUAUCCUCCAAGGGAACGGGGAAGGAUCUGAGAUUCUGAAGAAAAAAAUAAUCCUUGUUUUAAAAAGAAAAAGUGUUAUGAUUUAAAUAUUGCUGCUGUACAGCAAAGGAUGUGAAGUCACUUCCCUGCAUCAGUGCUCUACCUGCAACUGUACAAUGGAGAACAAAAACACUGACCAAAAGAACAAAAAAAAGACGUUGACCAAUGAAGUUCAAGGAGAGGCGGGCGGGACCGGGAAUGUGAAUAAAACGAUCGGACGGACUUGAGGACUUGAGAUGCAGUACCACCGCGGUCCAUAAACUAAAACUCUUCUCACAGCCUGAUGUUCAACCCGCCUACGUGUUUACUCAAUGUUAUCCGUCUCAUAUCGUUCACCUGAUGUUUGUGACCGUCAGAGCACUGCAAUGUGAGCGUGUUUUGGAUCACGCACGCACACACACACACACAAACUCACACGAGCGCCUUCUGGCACCCUUCAUAGUCGUCUGGGGAACGUGUUGGUGGUGUAGUUGUUUUUCUUUCGCUCUUGCCGACAACCCUUUCAAAGAUAUUGAUGGUACACGACCGAGCAGCCGAACACAAGUGCUCUUGGUUCGAUGUCACUGCGGUUGCCGGUGACCUGUAUACGUUUUUAGCAGCAAAUUGGACUUAUCUGUAAAGUUUUUCCGAUGACAUGAUGACACAAGCCACAAUCACUGAAUAUCAAUUAAGUAUAAGAAGGAGACAUUUCUUAAGGGUGUAGGUCUACCGACGUUUUUUUGCAAGAGACUGCUGCAUGUGUUUUUACAGUUUUUUAACCCAAGACCUCAUCACGCAAGCUUUGAGUCAUUGCAGUUACAAACAAGUUUUCCUUUACCUCCAUGGAUGCUGUAGGCUAUUGUGACUAUGCUAAAGGUUUUUUGGUUUCCUGUUCUAUGAGAAAAUAAUGGUUUCUUUAUGAACAUUAAGACUAGUGGAGGUACAGCAUAGGGUUGGUUUGUAUAUGAGAUGGCAGUUAUGAUUGUUAUUCAUAAGACGUUGCUGUGUUAUGAGAUCAAAUAAUAGAGAUCAAAGAGAUUGCUAUAGUGAUAUACCAUGAUGUCUGUCUUUCUGCAAAGUUGAAUUAAUCAUCCGCAAAGUAAGAGAGAUAUGUGGGUUUUGAAUCUGUCUACUCUGACACAAAAUGCACUGUAUAUAAAUCACCCAUAUCAGUUGUGUGUGGAAUGCAUCAACCAGGACUAUGUUUGAGCAUUUACGUGACAAAUUAUGCUACAGUGCUAUUGUUAUGAUACAAUAUAACAUGACAGUUGACUUUAUUUGUUUUUUUCGGGAGUUUUUCUACUCAUAUGUUCAGAAGCGUUUUAAUGGGACAACGGAAGCUUGGAUUAAAGUUUGCAGUGUGCAACACUGUUUAUUAUAGUUCCAGGACAUCAUAUUCUUUUUUUUUUCUUUUUUUUUUCUAGUGUGGAAACGCUGUAAAUAAGAUCAUGAUGAAAUAAAUUAUUCUAUUUUGUAA